AUGGCUAAAAUGCAUUUGAUUGUUUCUGUAAAUACAGGUAGCAAGAUAGCUUUAGUGUCCUACGGCAUUGUAAGCGUGGUGGGACUGUGCUUUACACGUCAGGAGCGUUACGAGAACCAGCUCAGUUUCUGUGUCCAGAAAUAUGGAUUAUGGGUCAUUAUUGCAUAUGGUGAACGGCUAAAGCUCCCAGGUCAAAAGCGACAUUUUACAGAAAUGAUAACCUGCAAUCAGAAGUUUAUAGAGUUCGAAGAUGCACUGGAGCAGGAGAAGAAAGAACUACAAAUCCAAGUGGAACACCUUGAAUUUCAGACUCGACAGCUGGAGCUGAAGACCAAAAACUAUGCAGAUCAGAUUUCACGACUGGAGGAACGUGAAUCAGAAAUGAAGAAAGAGUAUAAUGCUCUACAUCAGCGUCACACAGAGAUGAUCCAGACCUACGUGGAGCACAUUGAACGAUCCAAGAUGCAGCAGGUUGGGGGAAAUAAUCAAACUGAGGGGAGUGUACCUGGGAGAAGCAGGAAGGAACGUCCUAACUCUCUGAAUGUCUUCCCCCUCGCGGAUGGCAUGGUACGUGGGCAGAUAGGGGCCAAGAUCGUCCCAACACUGGACCACUGGCACCUGAGUGACCUCGGCCAGCUGCAGUCCAACUCCAGCUACAAGGUUUUAUAG